AUGAACGUGAAGCAGCCUGCCCUGGGCGUCACUCCUGCUCCCCUGUCGCACCAUGGGGGCAGGCACUCCCCCAACACACGCCACUGGGGGCCCCCUCCUGAUCGAAUGAGAUGCAUGCCCUCGCCUUCGGGCAAUUUUUUCUCCGGUCUUGAUGACGGGUUCCUGGCCCGGGCCGAGGCCAUGGGGGUGAUGGAUAUCUCCAAGCCCUCCGGCGGCCAUCAGCUGAUGAAGCCAGAGGGCCUCUACGGGCACACGCCGGAUUUCACCGGCCACAACGGCGGCCCACCACGUCAUCAGAUGCCUAUGCACCCCCACCCCCACCACCACCCCCACCAGCACCACGGGUUCGGGCCGUCCGACUCCAUGUUUGAUCAGCUGACCGGAUCCCCCAACGGCCCGCCCGGCAUGCCCCUGGGCCCAGUGGCGUCCAUGGCCGAGCACCAUAAUAACUUAAUGGGCGGCCCGACGCACCCCCAGCACCACCAGAUGUACCCGCCUAUGUACUCGCACCCCUCAUCCGUUGUCAACUCCCACCCGGGCCUCCCGCCCCACCCCGGGAGCAUGCACCACCAGGGCGUUCACGAGUCAGACUGCGACCCGCGAGAGCUGGAAAUGUUCGCUGAAAGAUUCAAGCAGAGACGCAUCAAACUAGGAGUCACGCAGGCCGACGUGGGCGCGGCUUUGGCCAAUUUAAAAAUACCCGGAGUCGGUUGUCUAAGCCAGAGCACCAUCUGCAGGUUCGAAUCCCUGACGCUCAGCCACAACAACAUGAUCGCGUUGAAACCCAUUCUCCAAACUUGGCUGGAAGACGCUGAGAAACAAGCACGAGAAAGAAAAGCGGAGCUGGAAAACGGACUCAACGGGGACAAGAAACGCAAGCGGACGUCUAUUGCCGCUCCGGAGAAGAGAUCGCUUGAAGCGUAUUUUGCGGUACAGCCACGGCCAUCGGGUGAGAAGAUAGCGCAGAUUGCGGAGAAACUAGACUUGAAGAAGAACGUGGUGAGGGUGUGGUUCUGCAACCAGAGGCAGAAGCAGAAGCGGAUGAAGUUUUCAGCCAUCGCGGCGGGCAUGGGCAUGGGGCACCACUGACGCCGGAGCGAGCAGGUUGCAUUUGAAACAUGUGACUUGUCAUGGGCGCUGUGAUGGCAGUCGUGUACAUUUGAGAUGAUCUGUCAGUGACAUAAUCAGUUUUUGGGAUAUUCAGAUUAACCUGUCAUAGAGAUUUGAUGACAUUAGCGAUGACAUGUCGUGGACAUGAAAUGACAGGGUUGUACAUUUACUUUGAGACAUGUCAUCGGAAUAUGACAACACGUCAUAGACCAAAAAAAUGGCAGUUCCUGACAUAGGACAUGGCAUGCCGAAAUAAUAAUGGCAGUGUUGUUCAUUCAU